AUGAUUGGGUCCUGGAAACCAAUCGGCUCUGCUAUCUUGCUAGCAGCUUGUCUCCCCGGAGCUUGGGCCCAGAAAUUUUCAUCUCAUCCGGAAGAGCACGUUGGUGCUUCUGUGCGGACUAGUAGCGGGUUAAUCAAGGGUCAUGCUGCACCUCGCAGGCCCGGAGUAUCCGAGUACUUGGGUAUCCCAUAUGCCUCUCCGCCAACUGGGGACCUCCGAUUCGCGCCUCCUGUUGCCUUUGACUCUGAGGAAACAAUUGAGGCAUCCUCCUAUAGUCCUGACUGUCCUGCAAACACCGGCUCAACCCCAAAAGAUUACCCUGGGUAUACCCCGCAGGGCCCCAGGAUCUUGAAGUCAUUUAGACAAGAACUAAGGACUUCUCAGAGUGAGGACUGUCUUUACCUGAAUCUGUGGACGCGGCCGACAGCUUCUAAGCCGAAACCAGUCCUUCUCUGGAUCCACGGUGGUCGGUUUACCAACGGUGGCGCUAACAACCCAUACUACGAUGGACAAGCUUUGGCAGAUGAACAUGAUGUGAUUGUGGUGACCAUCAACUAUCGAUUGAACAUCUUUGGGUUCUCGGGUGCACCAAAUCUGCCUCAGAAUGUCGCUUUGCUUGAUCAACGCAUGGCAGUUGAAUGGGUUCAUCGCAAUAUUGUUGCUUUCGGUGGAGACCCAGAACGCAUCUCUAUCUUUGGCCAAUCCGCCGGUGGAUCAUCGGUUGACUAUUACGCACACGCUUGGGCUGAGAAUCCCAUUGCUGCUGGACUUAUCUCACACUCUGGAACAUCGCUCAGUUUCGUGCCCAAUACUGCUGAAGAAUCCGCUAGUUACUUCUAUUACGUCUCUAAGGCUCUGGACUGUGGAGACGCUGACAGUGAUGCUGAUGAGGUGGUCAAGUGUGUUCGCCAGAAGCCAUUCACUGAUGUGGUUAAAGCUGCCGGUAAGGUCCCGGCAGCAUCCUCGCCGGCACUUCCACAGCCUGUUUUCCAUCCCACGGUGGAUGGAGUGACCGUGUUUGACGAUUACGCAGAGAGAACUGCAGCUGGAAAAUAUGCUCACCUUCCUUACCUUAUCAACAGCAACAACUACGAGGCAGGCUACUAUCGCAUCAGCGCAUACGGAGGAAACGUCUCGCUCACCGAUGAGCAAUGGAUCAAGUACAAUCUCGCGGCAUUUACCUGUCCUAGCGGAGCUUCCGCAAGAGGCCGUGCUGCCAAUGGUGUUCCGAUUUGGCAGUCCCACUACUUCGGUGACUGGGACAACCUGCGUCUUUACCCUGGCAGUGGUACCUACCACGGAGCUGAUCUUCUCAUGCUAUUUGGAACUGCUGAGUAUGUCAGUGGAGUUAGAAAUUCUCACGAAGAGAACGAGUUUGCCCAUUACAUGGCUUCCGCUUGGGUAGCCUUCGCAAGUGAUCCAUAUGAGGGAUUGACCAAAUUUGGAUGGCCACACUAUAACUCUGAUGACAGUACACUAGUCGGACUGGCUUACAAAAAUGGAAAGAACGCUCAGUUCCUCAAACCUUCGGAUGUUGAGAAGGGCUGUGCUGCUUUGAAAGGGAACAGCACACACGGAAAGGGUGCAUUUUAG